AUGCUGCUGUGGCGGCGUCUGGCGGGGCUGGGGAGCGGCCGCGCCCCGCGGCGGCUCCGGACGGCACCGGGGCAGGCACAGACACAGCCACAGGCAGAGGGACCGGGACCGGGGCGAACCGGCGAUGGCGACGGCGCCCUGCGGCCGCUCUACAUGGACGUGCAGGCCACCACCCCGCUGGAUCCCAGAGUCCUGGACAGCAUGCUCCCAUACCUGACAGCCUACUAUGGCAACCCCCACUCCAGGACCCACGCCUAUGGCUGGGAGAGCGAGGCUGCCAUGGAGAAGGCGAGGAGGGUGAGUCUUCAUCUUCACAGUCAUGGUUUUCCUGCUGGCAAGGGCAUUCAAUGUCAAAAGAACAUCAGAAACAAUGAAGGAAAAAAGCCUGUUCUCU